AUGAAGCAGACAUUAAAAAGGCUUUUUUUUUGUAUUUUGGUAGGUUCAGGUUUAUUAGUUGCAGCUCAAGAUGCUACAGAAGAUGAGGAAGCUGUGGAAGAUACUGUAGUUGAAGAUGAAGAUGAUGAAGCUGAGGUUGAAGAAGAUGAGCCAACGGACUUGACAGAAGAAAAAGAGGAAGAGGACUUGUCAGGAGAACCUAAAGCCUCGCCUAGCGCCGAUACAACCAUCUUGUUUGUGAAAGGGGAAGACUUUCCAGCGAACAACAUCGUCAAAUUCCUGGUGGGCUUCACCAACAAGGGCACAGAAGAUUUCAUCGUGGAGUCUCUGGACGCUUCCUUCCGCUACCCUCAAGACUAUCAGUUUUACAUCCAGAACUUCACAGCCCUCCCUCUGAACACAGUAGUUCCACCCCAGAAACAAGCCACCUUUGAGUACUCCUUCAUCCCCGCCGAGCCGAUGGGCGGCCGUCCUUUUGGGCUGGUGAUCAACCUCAACUACAGGGAUGUGAACGGCAACGUGUUUCAAGAUGCUGUCUUCAAUCAGACUGUCACAAUUAUUGAAAAAGAAGAUGGGCUGGAUGGAGAAACGAUCUUCAUGUACAUGUUCCUUGCUGGACUUGGUCUGCUUGUCAUUGUUGGCCUACAUCAGUUGCUAGAAUCCAGGAAGAGGAAAAGACCAGUACAGAAAGUAGAGAUGGGAACAUCAAAUCAGAAUGAUGUUGAUAUGAGCUGGAUUCCUCAAGAAACUUUAAAUCAGAUAAUGCAGAGUAGAAGAGAUAAAGCUUCCCCCAGGAGGUUGCCCUACAAGAGGGCACAGAAGAGAGCAGUGGGCUCUGAUGAGUAAAUGUUAACUAGUACAACAGUUGAACCUUUACUAAUCCUGCCUGUUUGGGGGUUUUGUUUUUUGGAUUGGAGGAGUGCAGAGAAUCCACAUCACCAUAAGGAAAACACUGCUAAACACAUGGACUGAACAGAUUAACUGAAUGGUGUUAAUAUUACUGAAAAUGCACUUCUCUGGGGGGUUUUUUUUGUUAAUUGGGGGGGUGGGAGCCAUUAAGAUUUGUGCCUGCCUGUGUAAGCAGUUGGUCUUAACAGAACCCUGUUACCUGAAAUGUGCCUUUAGAGUUCUUUGUCAUGCUGGCUUCUUGUCUGUACCACUGUCUUCUGAAGGAGUUUUCUUUCCUCCACCCCCUAAUCUGAAUGUCUGGUGACUUCAUCUGUCUUCAGUGUCACAUCUCUAU